CCCCGCUGCUCGUCGCUGGACGUUCAUUUCAUCACCAGACACUCCUGCGAGGCUAUUCUGCGAAACUUCCAUCGUCAGCUCUCGAUUCACUCGGGGAUAAGCCGCCUCAGGCGCUGCGCAGUCUACACGCGACCCCGCUCACGCCAAGCAUUCACGCUGCGCGCGACAGCAUUCAAACGAGACUCAGCACCACCCAACCGCUUGGUGUGACACCACCCACCGGCGCCCACGCGUUGUCUCUAGACUAAAAAUCGCUGCUGGAAGUGCAAGGACAAAGUAAUACCUGCGUGGACCGGGCAAACAAAAACAAGUGCCACUUUUCAGAGCCUUCCUCUGUGUAUUACUUUAGCCCUUCUGAUGCCGUAGAACGAGAUUUGGGUGGCGUGCGCAAUCCUUUUUUUUCUUCACUCUAUCUCAGACCUUUUACAACCCCCAAAGCUUCGCGCCGUAGAAAUUUGAAUACCUUAUAUACUUCCAUCAUGGCCGAUGAACCACGACGCUCCGGUCGCUCGACCAAGGGCCAGCACAAGAACCUCGACAUGAUCACCGAAACGCCCGCGAAGAAGUCCAAGGCGAAAGCCCAGCCGAAAGACAAGCCUCCCAAACCCUCCGCCGAACCGACGCCUGCUCCCAGCGAAGAAGAAGAAAUCAUUCGAUGCAUUUGUGGCGAAUAUGAAGAGGAGGAAGAUGUUGAGCGCGACAUGAUCUGCUGCGAUCGAUGCUCGGCCUGGCAACACAAUGACUGUAUGGGCUUGACAUACGCGAAGGGGGAAGAACCGGACGAAUACUUCUGUGAGCAAUGCAAGCCAGAGAAUCACAAAGUUCUUCUCGAAAAGAUCGCGCGUGGUGAAAAGCCUUGGGAGGAAGCUGCCGAAAAGAGGCGCAAGGAAGCUGAGGAGAAGAAGGCAUCUCGACGCAGAAAGGGCAAGAAGGGCGGCCGAAGAGGCAGACCAAGUGAACCCAAGGCGUCUGAGCCUAAGACAAGCGAAUCUAAAUCAGUCGAGCCCAAGGCCAGCGAACCUCCGACGGCCGAGCGCAAAACGAGUGAGUCUCAGGCCAGUGAGCGUCAGACCAGCGAGCGCAAAGCUAGCGAGCCCAAGACAGAGACCAGCACACCUGCGCGCGCUGCAACCUCUUCAACUCCCGCUCCAGCCUCUACUGCUGCCCCUGAUGCGCCUGAUGCGCCUCCUGCGCCGGCCGCACCAGUUCCUGAAGCCGAGACGCCAGCUCCUGAGAAGAAUGGACAUGUUCCUGAAACCCAGUCGACAAGCGCCCAAAAGCGCAAAUUCGAUGAGCACCAAGAGGCGCAAGUGCCUGAACCGGGACCGAAACCGAAGCAGCAAAAGAUGUCACCGCCAGCACCUGCGACGCCGGUGCCAGCGCCCGCUGCCAAACCGGCUCAAGUGAAGGAGGAGCCCAGUGCGCCUUCUUCCCGGAAAAGCUCUGCUGCAGGGACAGCAGUGACUGAUAGCUCGAAAUCCGCGGACCAGCUUACGCAUCCAUCUCGCAAGAGUGUUGCCAAAGCUCUGGUCAAGUUAUUUGUAGAGCAGAUUACUCAGGCCCAGGAACGAGGAUCGUUCCAAAUUCCCGAAGGGUCCGGGGUGAAAUCGGUGGAGGAAUUUGCCCGGCAGCUUUCUCUCUCACUCGAGAGCGCUAUGUAUGAGAAUAUAUGCGGAGGAACUGGGGAGCCCACAGAGCCGUAUAGGUCACAAUUGCGGACGAUCAUGUUCAACGUAAAGAAGAACCCUUCUCUACGGGACCGUCUGCUCGUAGGUAGUUUAUCUCCCGAUGCCCUCUCUAAGAUGAGCACCCAAGACAUGGCAAGUGAGGAACUGCAGCAGAAGGAUGCCGAAAUCAAGCGGGAAGCUGAACGGCAGCACAUCAUCGUGCAAGAACAAGGGCCUCGCAUUAGACGGACCCAUAAGGGUGAAGAGUUUAUUGAAGAUGAUAACCACAAUGUCGCCAGCGAGCCCGUGUUCUCUACUGCUGCCGCUCGACGCAGUUUGGCUGAUCCUGAUGGCAGCUCCGCUGGCCAGAGCCCAACGACCCCUGGCCCCCAGGCUCAGACUGAUGACACCCGGAAGGCAUCGAAAUCACAGGAUGUUGACACCAAGAUGACCGAUGGUGUCACCACUCACCAGGACCACUUCCCCGCGCGGGCUCAUUCUCCCGGUGGCACCAGCCAUGAGCAGGUCUUCCCCGAAGUGUCUGCUCAUAUUCGUGAGCAGCUGCCAGCAGCCAAGGCUCAGGCUGAUGCUGAGAUCGAUCAACUAUUGGGAGACGAUGAGCCCGACUCACCCCCCUACUCACCAAAGGACUUUCAUGACGAAGGGUCCAUCUGGCAUGGCAAGGUCGUCAUGAAUCCGAUUACCGAGUUUACUUCCUCCGCGAAGCAUGUCGGAGGAGCUGACUUGAGCGGACGCAUACCAUGGAGUCAGCUUGCUCCACCGACAUUGUCCAUUGAUGGAAGGAUUGAGAUUGCUCUCGCCAGCGAAUACCUCUGCGGUCUACGUUUCAGCUCCUCGACUGAUGUGACUGUUAUCUCGAUCACCCGCCCCGACUCCCCUAAGGACCGUGCAGGGUUCGAUAAGCUAUUCAGCUACUUUCAAGACCGUUCGAGAUAUGGUGUUGUUGGCAAACAUCCAUUGCCAGCUGUCAAGGAUACCUACCUUAUCCCUAUUGAAGCAGGCUCCACCAAGAAGCCGGAGUUCAUCGAGCUUCUAGAGAACAACGCUCUUGAAGAUCCGACACCGGAGCGCGUCAUGCUCGUGGUCUUUGCCGUCAAGACCGGCGAUUCUAAUCCACCAUCCGUGCAGCCUCCUUCGCACUUCCCGAGCCAGGAGCCCGGUGCUUCUGCCAGUCCAUUGACCGUGGCAGCGGGGACGCCUCAGCAGGCGCAUUUCCUGACUCCUGGACCGCCGCUUGCGUCCCAGUUCACACCCACUCCUGUAUCAUCUUACGACGGAACGCCUCAAACGCAAAUACCCUAUGGGCAUCAAGCUCAGUCACAACACCAACAACAGCCACCACCUGCAGCUCCACAAUUCACCCCCUACCAGCCUCCACAGCCCAACCAACCACCCCUCACCGGGCUCGCCGCCGCAAUACAGGUCCUCGGUGCGCAAGCCAAUACACCCGCUAUCCAACAACUUCUUUCCCAUGCCCCGAACGCUGAUGCCUCCCAGCUAAGCGUGGUCCGGGAUAUCCUCUUACGUCGACCAGAAGUCAGCUCAAACUACACGAUGUUGAUAGAAGAGUUAGCAACGGCGACCAGGACCAACGGACACGGUCCACAGCAGAAUGCACGGUAGAGAGACAAAUACAAAAAAAAAU